AUGGCACGGACCAAGCAGACCGCCCGCAAAUCCACCGGAGGGAAGGCCCCGAGGAAGCAGUUAGCCACCAAGGCCGCGAGGAAGUCGGCGCCGGCCACCGGCGGCGUGAAGAAGCCCCACCGCUUCCGCCCCGGCACCGUCGCCCUCAGGGAGAUCCGCAAGUACCAGAAGAGCACGGAGCUGCUCAUCCGCAAGCUGCCGUUCCAGCGGCUCGUGCGGGAGAUCGCACAGGACUUCAAGACCGAUCUGAGGUUCCAGAGCUCCGCCGUGGCGGCGCUGCAGGAGGCGGCGGAGGCCUACCUGGUGGGGCUGUUCGAGGACACCAACCUCUGCGCCAUUCACGCCAAGCGCGUCACCAUCAUGCCCAAGGACAUCCAGCUCGCACGCCGGAUCCGCGGUGAGAGGGCUUGA